AUGGCCGACCACUUAGUGGAUGGACCGCCGACCAAGCGGCCAAAGCUUGGAGAUGCUUUUCAAGGUCCCUCUGAUUCUUCUGUGAGUAUGGCGUCUCUAAUGAUGCCUCAUGCUUAUUCAAACUACGGGGGAAGUGGCAGUGGUAACUUACAACAAAUGCAGGGUCCGCCGCAACAACUACAUCUGCAACAGCAUCAGAUGCAGCAACAUUGGAACAACAAUACCACCCAGAGGAGAAAUUUCAUAACAAACAAUGAUAUAAUAAGCAAAGUCUCGUACCGAAUUCAUUGGUUAUGGCUGCUGGAACGAUGAGCAGUAAAAGUCCAAACAUGCAGUCACCACCGAAUGUUUCGGUAUCUAAAGGGGUUGUAGAUCAACAAAUGGUAGUGAGCUUGGGAAAUUUGCCAAGUAGUAUAGCAAGCUCGUUAGCCAACAAUCAGAUGUCCAUAGUGAAUUCUAUGGGUGGUCUUCAGCCGUCAAUGAGUAUGGCUGGUAGUAAUCCAGCUAUGUCAAUGCCUGGUGGUAUGAACGCUAGUUUAGUCAUGACUAGUAGCGCCACGGGGAAUAAUAAUUUAGGAGGAAUGGCUGGUGGUGGUUUGAUUGUUGCUAACAGCUUAAACAAACAACCAUUAAACACGGUGACAAUGAUGGGUCCAAAUUCACAAGGAGUUCAUCAUCCACAGGGUCCUCAUGGUGUUACUCAAAUGCAAAAUGGUCCAGGUCAAGGAUUAAUGAAUCGAGUAGUUAUGCAACAACAGCAACAACAAGCACAACAGCAACAGCAAGUUCAGCAACAGCAACAAGUCCAACAACAGCAGCAAGCUCAACAACAACAGCAACAGCAGCAGCAACAGCAAACUCACAUGGUAAAUCAAGCUCGGGGUCAAAGUCCUCAUCAUCAAGUCCAUCAGGGAGGUAUUGUAGGUCCUGGGCAAGGUGGAUCGAGGAUGCAAGCACCACCUAACAUGCAAAAUAUUCAAAAUAUGGGUCAAAUGGGUGUUUCAAGCCCAUACGGAUAUGUUGCCCCCCUGCAAAGAGGAGGAGUCGGGUCUAACAUGGGAGCCAUGUCUGUCGGACGAUUUGGCGGUCCUGGUGGUCCAAGUGGGCCAAUCGGUGUUGGAAAUGUCAUAAGCGGUCAAGAAGGGAUGGUCCAGCAAAGUCAACAGCCCACCCCAAGUCCUGCUCAACCACAGUCCGGUGCGCCAACGGGUGGUCAACCGGAUCCUCAACAAGCAACACAGGGACCAGUCGCUGGUGGAACCAGAGCACCGUAAACUAAUCCAGCAGCAGCUCGUCCUCCUGCUCCACGCCCACAAAUGCCAGAUACGAGAACGCCAGGCCAACGGUGAAGCGUGGAAAUGUUCGCUGCCCCACUGCAAAACUAUGAAGAAUGUUCUGACUCAUAUGACGACCUGCGAAGAGGGCAAAGAGUGUACAAUACCACAUUGCAGUUCAUCCAGACAGAUCAUCACUCAUUGGAAGCAGUGUCAAAAGAGCGAUUGUCCUGUUUGCUUACCACUCAAACAAGCGGACAAAAACAAGACUGCUAAUUCUCGUGCUGCUGUGGUAACAAACCAGCCAAAUAGCCAACCAAAUCCAAAUCCCGACAUAAGAAAACCUUUUGAAACUGUGGGUAUGAUACAGUGUCAAAAGACGGCACCUGGUAUUUUAUCUAAUCAGGCAGUAGGUCGUGGUGUGAGAAUGCCUGGCCCGGGUAUGCCUGGUCCUCCUGGUUCGAUAGCUGCAGGAAUAAGACUUGCACAACCUCAAGCUCAGCAAAGUCCAGGUCAAUCGGUAGUUAAUCAAGUGCAAUCCGUCGCACCAAAUGUAUCUCUUCCAUUAAGUUCCGAUCCAACGACUGUAGCCGUAAGUACUAACCAAUCAGCUUCAACGACGGGUCCAACGUCUGCCGUGGCAGUAGCGGCGACUACCAAUCUUCAACAACAGCAGCAAGCUGUUAAUAUGCAUACACUAUUUGGUCUUAAUGAUUCAGGUCAGCCUAAUUUAUCAAAUGAAAAUAGAUUGACAAAUUUACAAUUACCUGGUGGUCUUCAGCCGGGUCAAGUAACAGCUACUCCAGUACAAGGAACAAAAGAAUGGCAUCAAUCAGUAACGCCAGAUCUCAGAAAUCAUCUUGUUCAUAAAUUAGUUCAAGCAAUAUUUCCAGCUCCAGAUCCACAAGCAAUGUUCGAUAAAAGAUUACAUAAUUUAGUGGCGUAUGCGAGAAAAGUUGAAGGUGAUAUGUAUGAAAUGGCUAAUUCACGAUCCGAGUAUUAUCAUUUAUUGGCGGAAAAAAUUUAUAAAAUUCAAAAAGAGCUAGAAGAAAAACGUCAAAAGCGUAAAGAAAUGCAAUUAGCUCAGCAACAACAACAGCCUCAAGCACAGGUUGCUGCUGCUCCUGGAUUACGAGCUAUUGCUCCCCCACCAGGUGUUCCAGCUGCUGUACCUCAAAGGGCAGCUCCACCUACGUUAAGAAGUCUUUCACCCGGAAUUGAUCAAUUACGCAAUAUUCAAGGGAUUGCAAUGCAACACAAUCGUAUGCCUUUUACUCAACAGCAAUCACAACAAUCACAACAAUCACAGCAAUCACAACAACAACAACAGCAGCAGCAGCAGCAAGUUACACAACAGGUUCAACAACAAUUACAGCAACAAGUUCAGCAACAGCAGUCCAAUAUGCUAGUAGGUCCUUCUGGACCUAGUCCAAACGGUCAAGUCGCAUCAAAUGCACCUAUGGUAUCAAAUCCUCUCAUUCCUUUUGCACAACAAAUGCCGCAGGCAAACUUAACGACAUCAUCGACGUCAGCGACAACUAGUCAGUUCCCGACAUCUAAUGGUACAGCGGUCUUACCGAACACGUCUCCUGUUCAAUAUCCAGAGCUGAUGAAAGCGAGGUUGCAAGCUCAAGCUGUACAACAACAACAACAACAACAACAACAGCAACAAGUUCAGCAGCAGCAAUUACAGCAGCAGCAACAACAACAACAGCAGCAACAGCAACAACAGCAGCAGCAACAACAAGCUCAACAACAACAGCAGCAGCAACAACAACAACAAGCUGCUCAACAACAACAACAACAACAACAACAAGUCCAACAACAGCAACAAGCACAACAACAGCAACAACAAGUUCAACAACAGCAACAAGUACAGCAAGUUCAACAACAACAGCAACAACAAGUCGGCACCCCUAUACCGAAUGUCAAUGUUGCGAGCAUUCCUCAAGCUCCAUCACCAUUUAGUACUAUACAGCAGCAAAGCAAUCAACAGCAGUUCACAAAUACUCGACCAUUGUCUGCUACAACACCAGUUGAUAAUGGAAUCUCUGUAAAUACACCUCAAACGAUAGCGCCUUCAUCAUCAAGUGGACCUAGUCCUGGACCAGCGCCUACGACAAACGGUCCACAAUCGGUCGCUUCAACGCCUUCGACACCACUUGUUCCUUCUUUAAUGACACCAAAUCAGAUGAUAUCAAAUCAAACACCUCCUCAUCCAAGUACGACACCAUCACCUGCCGGUCUUGCUAGUCUUGGCAAAGGUAUGACCUCACAAGAAAGAGCAGCGUUAAAUGCACCCAGAAGUUCUUCAAUGUCUUCGCAAAUGGCUGCUAUCACAGCUGCUCUCGAUCGUGACAACUCACCCAGUCCACCUACGAAUAAUAAUAAAGGAAAGUUGGACUCUAUUAAAGAAGAAAAUAUUAAAAUGGAGAUCAAACAAGAAGACUGUUCAGAAAAUCACAGAAUGGAUGGUGGUAAGAAUAUUAAUAAUGAUGUUGUUAUCAAAACAGAAAUAAAACAAGAACCUAUGGAAGAGUCGUCGGGAGAUGGCACUAUCAAAGAAGAGCCUCAUAUCAAAGAGGAACCAGUUACACCGAUGUCCAGUCAUGAUGGUUCUACGUCUGACAUAAAACCCAUGAUGCCUGAACCUAUUCAAUCUAGUGGAACCUCAGAUAGCAAAAAACGCCUUUGUCUUUUCAAGCCAGAUGAAUUAAGACAGGCGUUGAUGCCAACUUUGGAAAAACUAUAUCGUCAAGAUCCCGAAUCAUUGCCUUUCAGACAACCAGUUGAUCCACCAGCACUGGGAAUUCCAGAUUACUUUGACAUUGUCAAGCACCCAAUGGAUCUCUCUACUAUUAAAAGGAAGCUUGACACCGGUCAGUACAGCGAUCCUUGGGAGUAUGUCGAUGAUGUUUGGAUGAUGUUUGAUAAUGCAUGGCUUUAUAAUCGUAAAACAUCACGAGUCUACAGAUACUGUACAAAGUUAUCGGAAGUGUUUGAACAAGAAAUUGACCCAGUAAUGCAAGCAUUGGGCUAUUGUUGCGGCAGGAAAUAUACCUUUAAUCCUCAGGUGUUGUGUUGUUAUGGCAAGCAGCUUUGUACAAUACCAAGAGAUGCAAAAUAUUAUUCCUACAAAAAUAGUCUAAAGGCUUAUGGUCUUGUUUCCAACAGAUACACGUUUUGUCAAAAGUGUUUCAAUGACAUUCCCGGUGACACUGUGACGUUGGGUGAUGAUCCGACGCAACCACAAACGGCAAUAAAAAAGGAACAAUUUCAAGAGAUGAAAAAUGAUCAUUUGGAAUUAGAACCUUUCGUCAUCUGUAAUGAUUGUGGUAGGAAAGUUCACCAAAUUUGUGUUCUUCAUAUGGAAUCGAUUUGGCCAUUAGGAUUUAGCUGUGAUAAUUGUCUCAAAAAGAAGGGACAAAAACGAAAAGAGAAUAAAUUUAAUGCUAAAAGAUUGCCAGUUACAAAGUUAGGAACUUAUAUAGAAACAAGAGUUAAUAAUUUCUUGAAGAAAAAAGAGGCUGGCGCGGGUGAAGUUGCAAUUCGUGUUGUUGCAUCAAGUGAUAAAGUUGUUGAAGUUAAACCUGGUAUGAGAAGUAGAUUUGUUGAAAAUGGUGAUAUGCCUGGUGAAUUUCCUUACCGUGCAAAAGCACUAUUUGCAUUCGAAGAAGUUGACGGCACGGAUGUUUGUUUCUUCGGUAUGCAUGUUCAAGAAUACGGAAGUGAAUGCACGCCACCCAAUACUAGGCGAGUGUAUAUCGCUUAUUUGGACUCUGUACAUUUCUUCCGACCUAAACAAUUUAGGACUGCUGUUUAUCAUGAAAUUCUUCUUGGAUAUUUGGAUUAUGCUAAGCAACUGGGUUAUACAAUGGCUCAUAUUUGGGCUUGUCCACCAUCUGAAGGAGAUGAUUAUAUUUUCCACUGCCAUCCUACAGAACAAAAAAUUCCAAAACCUAAGAGAUUACAAGAAUGGUAUAAGAAAAUGCUCGAUAAAGGAAUGGUUGAAAGAAUAGUACUUGAUUAUAAGGAUAUUCUUAAACAAGCGAUGGAGGAUAAAUUAUCUUCUGCUGCUGAUCUGCCUUACUUCGAAGGUGAUUUCUGGCCAAACGUUCUGGAAGAAAGCAUAAAAGAGCUCGACCAGGAGGAAGAAGAAAAAAGAAAACAAGCAGAAGCCGCUGAAGCAGCAGCUGCCGCCGCAAAUGCUAUAUUCUCAUUAACUGAUGACUCUGAGACGGGUCCAGAUGGCAAAAAGAAGGGCCAGAAAAAAGCGAAAAAGUCUAAUAAAUCUAAAGCUAAUCAGCGUAAAAAUAGCAAAAAAUCAAAUACGCCACAAACAGGCAAUGAUCUUUCUGCAAAAAUUUUUGCUACUAUGGAAAAACACAAAGAAGUAUUCUUUGUAAUUAGAUUACAUAGUGCUCAAAGUGCAGCUAGUUUAGCAUCAAUUCAAGAUCCUGAUCCUGUUAUUAAUUGUGAUCUUAUGGACGGACGAGAUGCAUUCCUUACGAUGGCGAGAGAAAAGCAUUAUGAAUUCUCAUCUCUUAGACGAGCUAAGUUUAGUUCAAUGUCAAUGUUGUAUGAAUUACAUAAUCAAGGUCAAGACAAAUUUGUAUACACAUGUAACAACUGCAAGAGUCAUGUUGAAACAAGAUAUCACUGUACAGUUUGUGAUGACUUUGAUCUUUGUAUAAGUUGUAAAGAAAAAGAUGAUCAUCCUCAUCUCAUGGAGAAACUUGGUUUAGACUUGGAUGAUGGUUCAUCACCUGCAGAUGCUAAACAAGCGAAUCCCCAAGAAGCAAGAAAAUUAUCUAUCCAAAGAUGUAUACAAUCGUUGGUUCACGCGUGUCAAUGUCGAGACGCUAAUUGUCGACUACCUAGCUGUCAAAAGAUGAAGAGAGUUGUUACACAUACCAAAGUUUGUAAACGGAAAACAAACGGUGGCUGUCCAAUUUGUAAACAACUCAUUGCAUUAUGCUGCUACCAUGCGAAACAUUGCCAAGAAACAAAAUGUCUUGUACCAUUUUGUUCAAAUAUCAAGCACAAAUUAAAACAGCAACAAUUACAGCAGAGAUUACAACAGGCACAGUUAUUAAGAAGACGUAUGGCUGUGAUGAACACAAGACCGACAGCCCCUGUUAGUGGUAUGCAAAGUGGUCAGCCAACGUCAAAUGCUGUAAUGGCUGCUGGUGUCGCGAUGAAGCCCGGAGCCAGUCCGACGAAUUUACCUUCACCUCAUCAGCCAGGUAUUGGUCAUAAACCAAGUGCACAUACACCACCAGCUCAUGUUCUUCAAGUGGUUAAACAAGUACAAGAAGAAGCCGCAAGACAGCAAACUCCACAUGGUAACUAUGGUAAAGUAGCGCCUGUUGUUGGUGUAAAUGUUGGUAACCAAGGUGGUGGUGUGAUGCCACCGCCACAAAUGCAAAGGCAAAUGCCAGUACAAAUGACAAAUCCCGGUGGUACUCAUCUAAUUUCCAUGGAUCAGUGGACAACACCGAGGUAUCAACCUAAUGCUGUAAUGCAACAAAAUCCAGGUCUCCGUCCACAAGCUCCACAGCAAAUAAUGCAACCGCAACAGCAUCAAGGGCAAUCAGCAAUGAACAUAGCCGGUCAAAUGCCACGACAAGCUAACGUUGUUGGUGGACCCGUUGGUCAAGUAGGUCCUCAAGGUCAAGGCAGUGGGCCACCGAUGCAAAGACAAGCCCUACAACAGCUUAUGCAAACGCUACGAAGUCCUAGUACUCCAGAUCAACAAAACCAGAUACUACAUAUACUUAAGAGUAAUCCACCUUUAAUGGCAGCAUUUAUAAAACAACGACAAGCUCAGACUGGUCAGCAUGGUGGAGUUGUUGGAUCAAUGGGUCCGGGGCAACCUCAACAACAGCAACAGCCGCAGCAACAACACCAACAACAACAACAGCAGCAACAACAACAGCAACAACAACAGCAACAAUCUAGCUUGUCACAUAUGUUACCGCAACAACAGCAGCAUCAACUUCAGCCUCAGCAUACUCAGCAGCAGCAACCGCAGCAACAGCAACCAAAUCGAAUGCAACUUCAUGCGCUAAUAAAUCAACAACAGCAACAACAACAACAACAACAACAACAACAACAACAACAACAACAACAGCAGCAGCAGCAGCAGCAGCAGCAAUCGGGUCAAGUGCCUGGUGUUCAAUAUCCGCAAUGGCAUAAACAACAAGUUUUAACGAUGCAAAGACAUACGGUACAACAACAGCAACAACAACAGCAACAGCAGCCUCAGCAACCGUUUACCCAACCACCAGCACCGCCUUAUGGGCAACAAAGGCCAAUGAGGCCACAUUUGGGUUAUGGUGGUUUUAAUGAACAAGCUUACGGACAACCUGGUCUUAAGCCGACUCCGUCGCCUGUUACUGGAUCACAAGGUGUUAUGGGACCACCGGGAAUUUCGGUGCAGCAGCAACUAAUGCAGUCUGUAAGAUCGCCACCACCAAUUCGUUCGCCUCAACCAAAUCCAUCGCCGAGGCCUGUGCCUUCGCCUCGUAAUCAACCGGUACCUUCUCCUAGAGCGGGUCCUGUACCUUCACCACUUCAUCAUCCACCUCACGGUACGCCGACACAUUCCCCAGCCCAUGAAUUAGGAGGACCCAGUGAAAUGAUGUUACACGCAGGUGGAGCUGAAACUGGUGAAGUAACACCAAUGACGCCGCAAGAUCAACUUUCCAAGUUUGUCGAAGGAUUGUAG